AUGGUUGUAGUGCCACCCAAACGUCUUCGCAUUCUGGCUAUCAAGCCCUAUGUGGGGACUACUGACAAAAUGGAUCACCUGGAUCUUUUUACUUCCCAUAUGAUGGUGCAAGAUGCGUCCGAUGCAAUGUGGUGUAGAGUCUUCCUAGAAAUAUUGAAAGGGUAUGCAUGCGCCUGGUACUCAAAUCUGGCCCAUCACUCUAUAACAAGCUUCACGCAACUUCGGAGUAGUUUUCUGGCUCACUUCGCGCCUCUUCGGAGGCAUCAGAGAUCUACUAUGGCUUUCAUUAGCCUAAAGCAGAACCAGGGUGAGUCCUUGAAAGGUUUCAUCUCGAGGUUUAAUAUGGAGGCCUUGAGCAUCGAGAACUUCGACGAUAGUGUUGCUAUGGUGGCAUUCCACAAUGCCCUAAGGCCUGGCCUAUUCGCUCAAUCAUUGGCCAAAACUCCCUCGCUCACGUUCACAUAUAUCCUUGGUUGGGCAAUGAAGUAUAUUAAUGCUAAGGAAGUUAUGCAGGCGGAGAGAGUUGAAUAUACCAUGAAGAAGAAGAGAAAGAAACAUUCCGAAGAGAAUAAGAGUGAAGGUAGAAGGGAGGAUCAAAAAGAAAAGCACCAUCCUCAGGCACCAUUUAACAAGAGGAACCGGAAUAAGUAUUGCCGCUUCCAUCAGGAUCAUGGGCACAAUACGGAGGAAUGCCACCAGUUAAAAGAAGAGAUCCAAGAGCUUAUUAAUUGGGGUUUCCUUAGGAGUUUUAUUGCUAGGGAAAUGAACUCCCAAAAGGGGAGAGAGUGGUGUUCGUGGAGUUCUCCCCCCAGGAGGGACCGAGCUGAAGAGUGGGAUCGUGUUCGAAAUUUGCCCCGGAGGAAGAGACCACUGCAAACAGGGGAGGAUCAUCCACAGCCCCCAGUGUUCCAUACCCUCACCGUGAGGGAAGUCCUAGGAGCGAAGGGCAAGGAGGAUUCAAGAGUAGCUCAAACCUCGGGGGUGCAGAGUUCGAAGAGAGGGGAGAUAAUCUCCUUUUCAAAUAACAACCUCCCAGGGUAUCCAAACCAAAAUGAUCUGUUGGUGAUAACAGCUAAGCUUGGAAAGUGGGAGCUUCGGCAGAUCCUAGUAAAUCCAGGCAGUUCUUCAAAGAUCUUGUAUAGGCAAGCCUUCUUGGGUAUCGGAUACUAA